AUGCCCGUUACAGACUUCAUCAUCGCUGAUGAAGAACUAGCCUUACAUGGUGGCCCUGAGCAGCAGAAGACAGUGAGACCUUUUGGGUGUUCCCAAGUUGGAAUUUGCUUGCUUCUGGUGGAGCUGUGUGAGAAGUUUGCCUUCUUUGAAGUCGUCUGCAACAUGAUCCCCUUUUGCACAGUAAAACUUGGCUACUACAACCACCAGGCAGCCAUUCUCAACUUGUGCUUUAUUGGAGCCUCAGUCCUCACCCCCCUGUUUGUGGGGUGGCUUGCUGAUAACAGCUUCGGGAGGAACAAACUGGUGUGCAUAUCCUUAUUGCUACAUUUUCUAGGCACCGCUUUGUUAUCCGUGCUUGCUUUUCCCUUGGAAGAUUUCUACGGAGGCUCUUACCCUGUGGUUAACAGCGUGCCCGUGGAGGAGCGGGCUGGGCUGUUUCACAUAGCACUGCUGACCCUCUGCCUGGGCACAGGAGGAAUAAGAGCUGUCGUUCGUCCACUGGAUGCUUAUGGCCUUCAGGAACAUGAAUCGAAGAAGCCAAUGUCUUUUUUUAGCUGGGCCUCCUGGUCCAUGAACCUGAGUGGAGCUGCUGUCUUUCUGGGAAUCUCAUGCAUCCAGCACUCAGGAGCUGGGGCUAUUGUGGUCCUGCUUCCUUCUCUGUCUGUGUUCACGGCCCUAGUAGCUCUUUACAUGAGGCGCUGCGACCUGAUCUAUCAGCCAGAGAAACAUUGCUCGCUCCUGACCGUCUCUGGUGUGAUUGUUAAGGCCCUGAAAAAAUGCUGCCUGCCAUACUGCCUCCUUGGGCGAGAAGGAACAAGUUGGUCAGACCAUGCAAUGGAAAAACGCGGUGGACGCCAUAAUGAACUCCAGGAGGAAGACACAGAAAUUAUCUUCUCCACCCUUUUGCCUCUCUUCAGUUUCCAGCUCGUACACAAAAUGUGCCUGAUGCAGAUUCCUUCAGGAUACUAUCUUCAGACCAUGAAUUCCAACCGGAACUUGGGGGGAUCCCCUCUGCCCAUUGCACUAAUGAAUGCCAUCAGCAUCCUGCCAUUAUUAAUUCUGGCUCCCUUUAUGGAUUACUGCAGUAACCAUCUACUUUCCUCUGAGAGAGACGGACCGCUCCUGUCAGCAUACAUUAUUGCUGGUAACGGUUGUGCCGCCUUGUCUGUGGCAAUAGCCGGCUUCCUAGAAAUAAACAGAAAACUCGCCCAGGAGCAGUCUCCUCCAGGCAAAGGUUUCUCUGUUUCCUCCCUGGCCUAUGGCUCUCUGGUUCCUCAGUAUGUGUUGCUUGGAGUGUCUGAAGCCCUGGUCAACCCAGCGGUCUCCAUGGUGAUACACAGAUUCAUUCCAAGCACCUUCAGAGGAACUUCCAUGAAUUUUUUGACACUGUUCCAUGGAUUCGCCUGUUUCUCAGGGGCACUGCUGGUGGAAUUGGUUUAUCUCAUCUCAGAAGGCAAUUGGUUUCCAAACACAUUAAACAAAGGCAAUUUAGAAGGCUUCUUCUUCGUGCUGGCAUCCUUGAUGCUGCUGAACGUCCUGGGAUUCUGGAGGGCUUUGCGGAGAUAUUGUAAUCUAAAUCAUUUUAAUGCCCAGAGCAUCAGUGGAAGAAAUCGUGAAGAAACUCUUCUCUAUAAAAAGUCUCUGAAGUUUUAUGGCAGUAUACAUGAAACAUCGUCAAGUAUUGAUCUUUGGGAGACAGCCCUGUGAAACUGGAUCUGACUCUGUCUUGUGAGCGCCACUAUCCAUUAUUUUCUUCUUCAGUCGAACACUUUAUGCAUUUUACUGGGAAAGUCAGCAUAAAGGAAAGUGACUAUGAAUGUUAUCUAUGUACUUUAUUUACAAAGA